UUACUGGCCAAGAGGAUAACAAUAGGUGCGAGCAUAGGAGAAAAAAGCAGGGCUCUACGUGAUAAUUGUCAUCGCGUACUGUGUGUUGAAUUGAACGAUCCGUUAUGAACGCGCCAAACAGAUUUGAGCUCUUUGUCCUCGAAGACGGCGAGAAACCCGUCGAAGUCACAGAAGACACAAAAAUACCCAAUGCAGCCACUUUCAAGAUCGUAAAACAAGACCACACAUUGGGUAACAUGAUUCGAGCACAAGUUCUUUCGAUGCCUCAAGUGCUCUUUGCCGGAUACAAAGUACCUCAUCCACUGCAUCCCUAUUUCCUGUUAAAAAUCCAGACGGAUGGGACCAUGACGCCGCAAGCUGUCCUUGAACAAGCCUGCACGAAACUCAUCGCCACAAUAUCCUCGCUCGAGGCAAAGUUCAAGCGAGAGUUCUCCUUCAAGACGACCGAGGGUAAUGUACCAGAGGACCCAUAUGGCGCGACGGGCGCAGGUGCGCAGAGUUGGGGAACGGGGAAGGAUUAUCUGGACUUCUAGGAAUACACAUCAUUUGUACCUGUCACGUCGUGGUCGUACAUGUGUAUAUAUUAGUGUUGUAUGUAUGCCCAAUUUUGCACUCC